AGAGUUCAUUAUAGGAAUACAAUUGUUCAAGUCAUACAUGGUGCUGUCUUCGUCCUCAAAAUUUUGGAGCAAAGAGUUUCUGGGUUGCGUGUAUAUUGUUUGAUGAAAUGCAUGGCCGUUUGGUUAAAUGAUUUGCUGUCAAGAUCGCGAGUAUAGCAGAAACGUACAAGACGGGAAGGUCGCGGAUUGCAGGUUCGGUAUUUUCUCGUGAAAGCAAUUGUGCGGGCUCGAGCUUUGUUAUCCAGUUCGGAUGCCAUCACAUGUAGUUGGGCUUUCCGGGUAGGGUUUAUAAUGACCCAAUUUAAAAAAUUAAAAAAAGAAAACCUUUUUUCCAAGGCUUCUCUAUCGCAAGUCGGAACCAAACAGUAUCUUGCUCUGCUCGACUGUGUCCCCAACCAUCACUGCAUACCCAUUAUAACGCUGGUGUCGUAGUUGUCAGCCAUCACAGCACUCGCGUUGCUAUUGCUGACGCUUGCAUAACCGUCGAUAGGGUUCGCGUCACUAUCUCUUACUCUUGCAUCACCACCACCGGCGUUGCCUUCAUCAUUACCGGCGCUGCCUUCAUCGUCGUCGGUCUUGCGUCGAUCGUUGUUUCGGCUGUUCAGAGGAGAUAGCAUUUGGUCACAACGAAGGAAGGAAAAUGGUGUUUGGGCAAGUAGUAGUUGGGCCUCCUGGCUCUGGCAAAACAACUUAUUGCAAUGGCAUGUCUCAGUUUCUAAGUCUCAUUGGAAGGAAGGUUGCUGUUAUCAAUUUGGAUCCAGCUAAUGAUUCAUUACCCUAUGAUUGUGCUGUGAACAUAGAGGAUCUUGUGAAACUAAGUGAUGUAAUGGUGGAACAUUCACUUGGUCCAAAUGGGGGUCUUGUGUAUUGCAUGGAUUAUCUUGAGAAAAAUAUCGACUGGUUGGAAGCAAAAUUGGAACCUCUUCUGAAAGAUCACUACCUUCUCUUUGAUUUUCCUGGCCAAGUUGAGCUCUUUUUCCUUCAUUCAAAUGCCAAGAAUGUCAUCAUGAAGCUCAUAAAGAAAUUGAACCUAAGGUUAACUGCAGUGCAUUUGAUUGAUGCCCAUCUUUGCAGUGACCCUGGGAAGUAUAUUAGUGCAUUGCUUUUGUCCUUGUCCACGAUGCUACAUCUAGAACUCCCUCACGUAAAUGUCUUGUCUAAAAUUGAUUUAAUUGAGAGCUACGGAAAGCUAGCCUUUAACCUUGAUUUCUAUACAGACGUGCAAGACUUGUCAUAUUUACAAUACCAGCUCGAUCAAGAUCCUCGCUCUGCUAAGUACAGAAAACUCACAAAGGAACUAUGUGAAGUUAUUGAGAACUUCAGUCUUGUGAGUUUUACAACCUUAGAUAUUCAGGACAAAGAGAGUGUAGGGAAUUUGGUGAAGGUGAUAGACAAAUGCAAUGGGUACAUAUUUACCGGUAUAGAAGCAAGUGCAGUUGAAUUUAGCAAGAUUGCAGUUGGUCCUGUUGAUUGGGAUUAUUAUAGAGUUGCAGCAGUGCAAGAGAAGUACAUGAAGGAUGAUGAAAAUAUUGAUGAUAAUGAAUGAUGGGUAAAGGUGAAUAAUUGAAAGAGAAUGGCACUUUGGUGAGUAAUUUUACUUUCUCCAUUCGCUGUUACGUUGCUUUGGGCUGUUGUUUUGCCUACCUGUGAAACCAUGGUUCACACUACAGCUUGUGCCUAAAAGAAUGUUCCAGAUUUGGCUGACUUUGUAUAUUAUUAUAAUUUAAUUAUAAUCCUGUAGUUCUGAAUGAGUAUAGUUGGGUGACUAGUAAUUGUUUAUAGUUUCAAUAUUAAUAUGUUUAUCUUUUAAAUGACA